CCACCCCACGAACUCCUUCCGUCCCGUGAUCCCGCCCAAAGCACCCUGGUAUCCUGAACUAACUUGAAGCUCUCCGUUCGGAUCCCUCAUUGUCGCCACAGCAGCAACCUAUACACACAGGGCACAAGGCAGUAGAAUCGCACAACAUACAUUUCAAGUAACCCACGAGUUGUGGACCUAUGGAUGACAGUCACGUAGUCGUUGCGCUCAUAGAGAAUCGUGCACGCGAGACUUAGCGGAAGGAAUUGGCGGAGUCAUGGCUCUUGCUUCACAUUCCUCCUUCGCAGCAGCUCGCAAGGUGACCAUGGCACGUGGCUGCUUUGACGACGUCAAGGGUGCUUUACUCGUCCAAUCUUACACCAAUGGAAAAGCCAACGGCACGAACGUGGAUAGGCACUACAAGGAGUACUACCUCUGUCUAGGUGCUGCAGCUGCACUUUUGAAGUGGUAAGUCACAGGUAGAAUCCUUCUUUCUUCUUGAUGUUGUCUUUUAUAAUCGAACAUCUCUGUUUAAUCAGGGUUGAAAGCGAGAAGUCAGCAGUGAUCAUGCAGAGGUCCCUUCAGGUUACUUUCAACGGCUCCCUCAACCACUUGUCAAUAGAUGCGACCAGGUACGUGCAUCAGUUCAUUUUUCUUCGUUGCUCAGUUGUUAACAUCAUUCGCUUUGUGCAGCAUACAAAAUCUGGAGGUGAUUGAACCACUGCCGGGAAAUUCAGAGAGAGAUGGGAAGAAAAAAGCCAGUCUUUUUGGUGUCCUGAAUUCAACAAAGACAUUGGGCGGGGCACGGCUUCUUAAAGCAAAUCUUCUCCAGCCGCUGAAGGACAAGGAAACAAUAAAACUGCGACUGGAUUGCUUGGAGGAAAUGAUUAACGAUGAGUCGCUGUACUCAGCAGUGUCAAGCAUUCUUCAGCAAUUCCCAAAAGAUCUUGAUCGUAUUGUGACAAGCUUUGCAUUUCGUCCACGCAAAGUUGCCGAUGAUGGCACAACUACUAGAAGAAAUAUGGUGGUGCUUUCAAGCAUCAUUCUCUUGCGAGAGACUCUACUUCUUGUCCCUCGACUUGCAGAGGUAUAGAAAUGGAUUUGUUUGACUUAUUUCUUGCGCAGUUCUUUUAAUUUGUUCUCACUCUACCUCCAUUACCACACUCGUGAAGGCUCUGAGUGGAGCUAAGUGUAGCCUCUUAACCAGCGUACGAGAUAUUGUCUGCAAGAAGCAAGCAUUUCCAAUUUUAUUAAAAGAGUAAGUACUUCUGCUGCUUUGACUUUCUUGGUCAUUUGAAUCAGCUCAUGCGGAGCUUUGGAUGCAGAAUUGAGCACAUUCUUGACGAGGACGUCAUGCACUCAAGGUCUCCAUUCAUUGCUCGAACACAACAAUGUUUCGCAAUCAAGGCUGGGUUUGAUGGCUUCUUGGACGUCGCCAGGCGCACGUUUUGUGCAACUAGUGAAGCUAUUCACUCUCUGGGGAAGUCCUACCGUGAGCAGUAUUCUCUUCCGAAUCUUCGACUCCCAUUCAACAACAGACGAGGGUUUUAUAUCAGAGUUCCAGUGAAAGAUGUGAAGGGGAAAAAGCUUCCACCCAACUUUCUCCAGCUCAAUAUUCGGAACAAGGAAGCUUCAGCUGAGUGUUUUCUUCGAGAAGAGCGCUGCCUCGAAGGAUUGUGUCAGCGAAUUAGGGAGGAGCUGACUGUGUUCUCUUCACUUUUGGAGAGUGUAUUCCUCCUUGACAUGAUCACCAAUAGCUUUGCAUUUAUUGUAACUACAAGCCCGGUGGACAGCUAUGUCCGCCCUGAGUUUACAGGUACAUACAGGCGGCUCAAUGUUAUUGCAUUCAGUUAAGUGUGAUAUUUGGCACCUUCUUACAUUGGCUCAGACCAUGGUCCUUUGGCCAUUGAUGGUGGUCGACAUCCAAUCGCUGAGGGGCUUCUCCAAGAUGCAUUUGUGGAAAACAACACGUUCAUGUCAGAGGCCUCAAAUGCUAUGAUUAUUACUGGUCCCAACAUGAGUGGAAAGAGCACCUACCUUCGCCAGGUGGCCUUGCUGACUAUCCUGGCUCACAUCGGCUGCUAUGUCCCUGCUCGGUUUGCAUCUUUCCGAGUGGUUGAUCGUAUAUUUACAAGAAUUGGGACUGGAGAAAGCAUUGAGGAGAACUCCAGCACGGUGCAUGUGCUUGCCAUUUUUACACUUCUUUACCCAGUGCAUUUUCGCUCUAGCUCAGAGUGUUCUUUGCUUGCAGUUCCUGACAGAGAUGCGUGAAACUGCAUUCUUGAUGGACCAUCUUACUCCAAGGUUCGUAUGAAAAGUCAGCUUGAAGCUGUGUUAUGGUCCAGAGUAUCACAAUCCUAAUCACUAUUUAAAUUCAGGAGCCUUGUGGUCGUUGAUGAAUUGGGAUGUUCGACAUCAACGCUUGAUGGUCUUGCGAUUGCAUGGAGCUGUUGUGAACACCUUCUCACAUUUCCGUCAUACAUAAUCUUUGCAACUCAUAUGAAGCAGCUUGGAGAGCUGGCCUCCAUUUAUCCCAAUUGCAAAGUGUGCUACUUCUCAGUCGCAGUCAGCAACGAGCGACUUGCAUACAAGUACGUUCUGAAGGAAGGGUACACUGAUGUCCCACACUAUGGUUUGCGGCUCGCUGAAGCUAUGGGUUUUCCAGCACCAGUCAUGGGUGAAGCACAGCGAAUUGCUGAUAUAAUGGAACAGCAGGUAAGCAGCAGAAUCGGAUAUUGGACAAAUUGUCCUUCCAAUGGGCCUUCGUAUUGAGUUGUGACUUUGCAGGGAUCACGCCGGUUGGAAAUUGGCUACAGCAAGUUUACAGCGCUUCGCCGAGAUUACAUUGUCGCCCAGCGUCUGCUAUGCCUACAGCAAUCCAGUCUCGGUGACUCAGAGCUGAAGGAUUAUCUGCUGAACCUUAAGGCCAGCUACCUGGAUGGUAGUCUGGUUUGAGCUCGGCACUGAAACUCUGGGAAGGCCAUGAUGCAUUGAGUGCACUGCCCAAAAGCAUCUAAACAUCCUACUGUACCACGUACCGUAGCAGCAUUCAGAGAAUACCAGCUGCCUUGAUGGAACUGAGCCAUGUCUGAAAGGUGACAUGCGCAGAACAAACGGCAUUUAUGGUCGUGGCUCCGAGGUAUUGUUUAAACUACCUUGUCAGCGGAAACGGUCUUGCAGUUGGUGCAUCGCAAAUAGUGGAUUCACAUCACUAGGUUUUGGUACGGUAGUAGUUACAAGAGUGGAAGAGCUCGUUGACUCCUGGAUCUGAGCAGUUCACGAGGAAGAGUGAAAGGAGGGAGAGAUGUUAAUGAAACGAAUGAUUACUAGAGGUGGAAACCUAGAACAAAUACUAGUUGGUUGUACUCACUAGAAGCAUACCUCAGUCUAGCCUAUAACUUCUAC